AUGAGAAUGAUGGGUGAGGAGCUCGGCUACCGACGGGAGUUGGUCCUGUUCUCUGUGACGACGGACGACAGUGUCAUGAACCCAGCUUUCUCCCGCUUCAAUGCGCGGAGGAACCUGCUCUACACCUGCACUGAGUCGGUUGCAGAGAAUGGAGAGAUUGUGACGUAUUCUGUUGAUGCUGGCACGGGCAAGCUGUCCAAAGUGGGAAGCCAAGAUGCCGGAGGCACCUCGACAUGCUACUUGACGCUGGACAAGGGCUGCCAAAAUUUGCUCGUUGUCAACUACUGGAACGCCACGAUCGGAGUUUUUGGUCUCGACAAGGACUCAGGUUUGGUGGGCGAAGCCAGAAGCAUCUAUGACCCCAAUGAGGGCAGGGGCAUGAAGGUGAGCCACACCAAGCACGUGAACCACUCCGAAAACGACCCGAAUGCUCAGAAGGAGAGGCAGAGUGACCCGCACUCGCACGCCGUGAUCUUGGACCCGUUCUUCGGCCAGAUCGCCUACGUGCCUGACUUGGGUAUGGAUCUCAUCCGCCAGUUCAGGUUCAACCCCCAAUCCGGCAAGCUGGAGGCCGCCGGCUUUUGCAGGUCUGGUCCCGAAAGCAAAAGCGCCCUCGGGCCGCGAUAUAUCGAGUUCCAUCCAACGCUUCCCUACGCCUAUGUCGUCAACGAGCUGUCGUCUGAGGUUUCUGUUUUUGCCUUCGACCGCGACGCUGCGGAGGAUCUCUUGAGCAGCUCGGAUGUGUCCCGCUCGGCACCGACUCUUCGUUUGGUGCAGACUGUGAGAACCAUCCCAGAUGCCUGGCCGAGUGACAUGAACACCUGUGGCAGAAUAGCUGUGCACACCUCCGGCCACUUUGUGCUCGUCUCCAACAGAGGGCACAACAGCAUCACGGUCUUCCGGGUGGCCCAUGAGCUGGGUCUUCAGGGGCAGCUGUCCCUGGCGCACCUUCAGCACACCCGGGGUGCUACCCCUCGCCACUUCCAAUUCGAUAGCUCAGGCCAGUGGCUGAUCUCAGCGAACCAAGACUCGGACAAGAUUUCAGUCUUCCGAUUCAACAUCGCUACGGGCACCAUGGAGUGGACGGGCAACGAGUACCACGUGCCCUCGCCCAACUUCGUCUGCUGUCUGAGGCCGCAGAUGAUGAAAGCCCCUGCACGUGGCCAUCCAGCGAAGCUUGCUAAUGGUGAACGAAACGUGGCAGCGAUGUCCAAACUAUGA